AUGUGCACGUUACCGUUACAUAUUGGCAAUUCGCAAGUUAAUUUUACAAAGCGCUUAUUUUCAAUCAGUCGAUUUGAUGAUGUAAUUGAUGAUCGUAGUUCAACUGCUGCUGCUAUUGCUACUGCAACCCCUCCUACAACAAAACAGGAAUUUAAGCGAAUAUUAACAGUGAAUAUUGGGUGUGCUUUCAUUGAUCAGACUGUACAAAUAAAAGAAUAUACUGUGAAUUAUAACUUAUUAACAAUUAAAAUUGAUAAUGGAAUUGAGCUGAGAAUUAAAUAUGAUACAUCGGAAGAGCUGUAUGAAAAAUAUGAAAUUGAAUGGAUGGGCGUCAAAAGUUAUCAUUACAUGAAAGAUGUAAUACAAACGGAUGAAAUCGGCCAGUGGUAUGGUGGACCUCAGAUGGCCCAGCAAACUUGGCCUUUAGCUGAAACUUUGCAACAUUUUUCACCAUAUUUACCAUCGGAUACGCUAAAGGAUAAUACUAUCUCACCAAUUCUUUCCUAUUCAAUAUUUGUAGCGAAGCGUUGUACCUUACGUGAAUUCCACGUAGUUCUUCAUGGAAAUUUGUAUGAUUCGUGCACAACUAUUCCUGAUGAAGCACUGAUUCGCAAACCUAUUUGGUCAACCUGGGCAAGAUACUCGGAGAAAGUAACCCAACAUGAUGUGCUUGAAUUUGCGCAAGAAAUUCUAAAUCAUCAUGCACCGAUCUGCCAGCUUGAGUUAGAUGAUAGCUGGACUACAUAUUAUGGCGAUUUUGAAUUUAAUAAGGCCAAAUUCCCGGACGUCGAAGGUAUGUGCAAGCAAUUGAAACAGUGGGAGAUUCGGCUAACUCUAUGGGUCCAUCCAUUUGUCAAUUUGGAAAGUGAUAACGGGAAAAAUCUGGCACUGCGACAUUUGUUUGUGAAAGAUUCCGGCGAUCAACCAGGAAUUGUUGAGUGGUGGCAAGGACAAGCUUAUGUAAUCGACUUCACAAAUCCUGAAGCGGUGCACUGGUUUUGUAAACAGCUGGAAAAAAUUAAAAAGGUGCUUGGCAUAUUUUCAUUCAAAUUUGAUGCAGGUGAAGUAACUUAUCUUCCAAAUAAUGUUCGUCUGCAUUCUGGUGUUUCGCCAAAUGAUUUUUGCGAAGCUUACAUCCGAGCAGCUGCAUCGUUUGGAUCCUCAAUUGAGGUAAGAGUUUUUCGUCGUACGCAAUCCCUACCGAUAUUUUACAGAACAAUGGAUCGUCUGUCAACCUGGAAUAACAUUGGUUUGAACACUUUAAUACCAAUAGUACUUAAUUUCGGACUACACGGUUAUUAUUAUAAUUUACCUGAUAUGAUAGGUGGUAAUGGAUAUGAUGGCCAAAAAUGUAGCAAAGAACUGUACAUCCGUUGGAUGCAGGCAAAUGAGUUCUUACUAUCCAUGCAAUUUUCAUAUUCUCCAUGGCAAUAUGAUAACGAGACAUGUGAUAUUUUCCAUCGGAUUAUGCAAAAACGCAAUGAGCUGUUAAAUUUCUUGAUUGAAGCCUGCCGAAAAAGUUGCAAAAGCGGCCAACCCGUAAUACGGCCUUUAUGGUGGCUUUCGGAAAAUCCAGAAGCAUUGCACUCUGGCGAUCAGUUUGUUAUAGAUGACACCAUGAUUGUUGCACCAAUUUUAACGGAAGGCGCAACGUCACGAGAUGUUUUUCUACCGGACGGUGUCUGGGAAUAUGAGCUAACGCACAGUAUUUACACUGGACCGAAUAAAUUGACUAUUGAAGCUCCCCUUUUCCAUCAUGCGCCACCAUAUUUUACUUUAGUCGGUAAUUUUUUUGGUUGA